CAACUGAAAGAUGACGGUCGAAAUGGAAAUCACGCCGAUCAAAAGUUUUGAAAUAACACCGGAAACGUUAGAAUUUACAACCGGCGCGGACACCCGGAAUAUUGGAAUCAAGCACUUUCUUUGUCUGAGACAGACGCUACCUAAAACCCGCCUCUCGCAGGCCAUUCUGUACGAGAAUGUCAGCUACAGCCGGCAGUUGGCCAUGAAGAUGGAAUCCAUGCGGAAAGAUCGACUGAAGUACGCGCAGGUCCUGGAGUCCAACAUGCGCGCAUUCCGACAGUCUCAACAGCGGAAGCAACAAAAAUGGAAACGUGUGGACGAAAUCAGACUCUCCAACAUGAAUCUUCCAUGCGUGCAUCUCAAAAAUGAAGGCGAGCGACCGAAAAGCUGCAAGAUAAUGUACCGAAUGUCUGAGUUCAAACCGGAUCACGGUAAACCGGACUCGCGGUCGCCUGUGUUGCCAAAUAUGAAGCUUCAUAUGACAGUAGUUCGAGAACAGACCGAAAUAAUUACUCACAGAGAAAAGACUUUCAUGACGAAAUUUCCGGAAAUUAUAGAGUACGAGCCGCAGGUGAUCAACAAAUACAACAGUUACUGUGGCAAAUUACUUCUUGAAGAGGGAAGCUCCGGGCGGGACGGACGGUUCAACAGGUUUAUAAACUGCUUGUCGCCCGCUAAGGUGGACGAGAACGACUAUCCUAUAGAAAACCUAAGGUCCAUGAGCCGACUAUUCAAAUACGCGACGAAAGACGAUCGACAGGGGCGACAGACCCCGAGGUCCGCUAAGCAGGUUCCUAAGUCACACCAACAGAACAUGAAACACGAGGUGGCCAGGCGUUUCGAAGCUAUCAAAUCUCGCGAGAACACGUUCUAUUCAGACGACUCUGACCCGUCGAAUGAUCGUUUGCAGAAAACAGAGGCCGCCAUUAAACACGCGGAGCGAUUCCAGCGCAAAGGCGAGUAUCUUCUGGAAACCUACAGGAGUGAUGACGUAAUUCACAUCAAUAAACACCGGAAGCAGGAGCAUGACGAUAUCCCGGAAGAGGAAAGCUCACCACAAACGGUUUCGGUCUCAGAGCCCAAUACAGCUAGAGACUAAAACAUGUGACCGAGUGACGAUACGAGGACUGAACUUGCUCUACGACGCCUAUAGUUGAUCACGUCUUGAAUCGUGUGCCUAUAUUUCUGCAGGAAUGUAUUGUAUCUUGUCGGUGUUGCGAAACGUUUCGCGUUUGUCUUUCGAGAACAAUUCUGGGUAAAGCCUCGAUGCGUGCCUUGUCUGUGCCACGAUGUGUGCCUGUGUAUGUUUGACAAUCUUCAUUUGUCACUUUGCGUUCCUUUAACGUCAAAGCAUCUAAGGUUAAACGACUCCGCCAAUUUUUAGCAUAGCGUACACUGUAAUGGUUGCCUUCAAUUUAUUUAAGGCUUACGUUUAUAUCGAAAAACAUGCAUAAAACAGUAAACGUCUCUGUAUAAACGUAAGAUGUGUCGUAAUUCCUCAUAAAUGUACCAUGUACUCAAUGUCGCUUUAUUUAUUUAGAUAUAGCAUGAAUUCAGAGCUAUAUCGAUUGUUUUAGUGGUCAGAUAAAUAGAAAUGGGCUGAAAUGUUUAAGUGAAUGUAUCAAGAUGUGAUAUUUCAAUUUUAU